AUGGCGGCGCAACCACCACCAACACCACCACCAUCACCACUCGUUCAUCCAUCAUGUUAUAACAAUUACACUUGUCGUCCGGUGUUCAUUGGGAACAUGGUGCCAGUGGAUUGGGCUGUUCCAAUGUACGGGUAUAUGAUGCCAUUUAUCGUCACACUUACAAUAGCCACCAACAGUUUUAUUGUGGUUGUUCUCUCCCAUAAAUAUUUACGAACUCCAACAAAUUAUGUGCUUCUGGCAAUGGCGGUUACAGAAUUGCUAACCGGGCUUUCAUGCCUUCCAUGGUUCACAUAUUAUUACACCUUGUCAGGUUACAAACAAGAUAUGCAAACAGGUCUACCUAGUUUCUGGUGUGACAUGAUACCGUAUAUGGCGGCGUUCCUACCAUCGAUUUUCCACACAAUGGCUAUCUGGCUAACAGUAUAUCUUGCUAUCCAGCGAUACAUUUAUAUUUGUGUUCCAUCUUUGGUUAGGAAGUUUUGCACUAUUCAUCGGAGUAAACAAGUCAUAUUCUUCAUUAUCUCCGUUGCUACGGUCAUGUACACACCGGAUCUGAUGGCGUUCCAUAAUGAGAGCCAUGAAGUUUAUGACAACAGAUAUAACCGAACGCUUACGCUUUGCUACCGACACAAAGCCCCAUUCAUGGCGAAAAUCGGAGAAGACAUCUACUACAAAGUUAUGUUUACCACUCAAACAAUUGCAGUUCAUUUGAUACCCUCCGUGCUGUUAGUCAUUUUCACGUGGAAACUAGUGGGCGCCAUUAGAAUCGCCGACCGUCGUCACGCCAAUCUUCUCUCCAAGUAUUCAACCAACACUCGUUCGACGCGACGAAAGUUCUCCGAGCUGACGAGUUCUUCGGAAACCGAAAAUAAGCUAAUUCGGUUGUUCAAGCAGCGCGAUAGCGUCAGUGUGGGUAACGAACCUCGACGAGCUCAUGGAUUGAAGCAGAACACAAGGAUGUUGGUGGUGGUGAUUUUAUUGUUUUUGAUCACUGAGAUCCCAGCUGCCUUCAUUUUCACCAUCCAUGUUUUAUCGGUUUCUCUCAAGUUUAGUUUUGUGGAUUAUCAGUUUUUGAACAUUCUUCUCAUUGUCAGGUAA